GUGAGCCGCUGAAUCAACCAAGGAAAUUUAACUCUGAAGGAUCGGCCGCGCGCGGAGGCUAUAUAAUCGGUCUCGAGCGGCAAGCGGGUCAGUUCAUUGCUUGCUCACUGAAAAGCAGACGAUAACUUUCAAGGGCAAGUGUUUAUAACUUUUGCCCGUGUAACGAAAACGCACACAGUAGAAGUGCCUGGAGACAUUAGGUUUAACAGAUCUCCAGAUUGGACUUUUUUAAAACUAACGAAAGCGGAAGAAAGAAAAACAGAUUUCAUAAUUUACUCUAUCAGUAUGAAACGCACGUUUCUCGUUUUUGUGACUCUCCUGCUGCUGUUUUGCGGCGAGUCGACACGAGCAGACGACGUAAACUGCGACUUUCAAAAGCCAGACAUAUGCGGCUACAAGAACGAAAAUACAAACGGUUUGUUGUGGGAAUGGGCAAAUGCAAAGAGGAAACUAUGCAGCACCUGUACCGAGUUCACGGUCAGGGGUCUAAUUGUUCAACCCUACGCAGAUAUCGAUGCGGACUUUAAGUUUUCCACCGUGGUGAGUCCCAAAUUUACAACAACUGGCCCCUCUUGCAUCCAUUUUGAUUACGUCAACAGCGAGUGCAAAAACCGCCACGAGAGCGACGCAAGCUUACGCGUGCACGUGCGUGACGCUCAAGGUCAAGAGAAGGCUGUGCACCACGUGAGAUGCAUCCGAUCAGCAGAGAAGAAAGAAUGGCACAGAGAAUCCAUAACGAUCCCUUCUGCUGGGGAAUAUCGCUUGGCUUUCUCAGCCAUGAGGCGAUACACAAGCUACGCCGUUGGGUAUGUUGCUAUUACCGACGUUGCCGUUGACACAGGGGCCUGUGGCGACAGCGCGUCUUUGAACAAAGUUCCAGGCGAUUGCGGCUUCGAGGACAUGGACACGUGCGGCUAUACAUACUCUAAUGACAGCGACUUUAAAUGGGCUUUGAUAACCAAAGAGAAUUACUACCCCGAUAAAAUGACUGAAGCUCCCAGCGGCAAGUUCCUCGCUGUAACAAGCAGCCACUAUUCGACUCUUUUAGGUUCAUCCGUGUCCAAACUGUUAUCCCCAACGAUAUCGGUCGCACAGGAUACAUGUUUGACUAUGUCUUAUCACAAUGACGUUUUGCCCAGUGAAGAUACAAGAAACGUGUUUAAUAUCUACCUCAGACAUUCCAACGGGACCGAUACCCUCUUCCACAGAGUUCCCAAGCAAUACGGCGAACGGUGGGUUCGAGGCUACCUUGACUUACCAAGAGGAGACUAUAAAAUCCUUUUCGAGGCUAACUUUAAAUCAUAUUAUUCUUCCAAGGAUUACAUUGGUCUAGACUCUGUUGAGCUGUUCCAUACCCCCUGCUCGGCGGUUAAACAGCUUCCUCUUGCUUGCGACUCAGCAAACCAAAAUUCGGGGGUUUCAUCUUCUCUUUGCCAGCGAGGCGGAAAAUGCCUCAGUCUUGGUUACAAGUCUUACCUCUGCGACUGUCCUAGUGCAGGGAAUGACCCGCGUGCUAGUUACGGGCUACGAUGUCAGUACGACAUGACAUGCACAAACAAAUCUCCCUGUCUUAACGGUGGGACGUGCGAGAACUUCGGGCGACGCAGGGUAGAGUGCACGUGCCCGCGCACCUACAUUGGCAUUCACUGUGAAACAGUAAUCGACUGUGGCGACCCUACCGGACUUAUACCCAACUCAACCUUGGUGAGCACCACGGGCACGAGGUACGAAGACGUGGCAAAGUUUCGCUGUGGUGAUGACAGUUAUCUGGAUGGUGACGGCUCAGCCACUUGCCAAAAGAAUGGCCAGUGGUAUACGAGGUCCGUUUGCCAUUACGUCAACUGUGGUCAGCCAGUGCCGCUAGCCAAUUCCACGUUGACAUCGGUGACCAAUACGACCCUCAACGGCACGGCGUCCUAUAAGUGUAACUCACUGCACCAAGCAAGCAACAAAGCAGACGGGUUGGUGACCACGUGCAAAUUCCUUAAGCACGACAACCCCAAAUCCCAAUGGGUCGUUAAAGACAGCGCUCAGUGCGUACCAAUCCCGAAAUGUUCCGAGCCACCAGUUGUCCCGCACGGUCGGUUGGUGAAUAUCUCGAGCCGGUACGAACAUGGGGAAGCACACUACGAAUGUGAUGCUGGUUAUCGGUUCCAUGACCAGUCAAGGACUAAUCGUGCAGUCAUAUGUACUUCUUAUGGGGAUAAACUCUAUUGGAACUACACGCCGAUGUGCGUGAAAAUUCCCACGUGCGGGAACCCCCCUGACAUGGCAAACGGGAAGCUAGUGAACGUCACAAACAACACAGAAAACGGCAUUGCGGUAUACACAUGUGACACCGGCUACAGCUUCGAAGGCGGCAAGACCACAAUCACCUGCAAAAAUAUUUUAAUUAAUUUCGUGCCACAAUUAAAAUGGGACGACAGUGGUAUAGCUCGGUGCCGUAAGCUUCCUACCUGUGGUCAGCCUCCUCAGGUGACCAACGGUCACGUGGUAGGUGUGACCAACGGCAGUUUAGACGGAACGGUCACCUACCAGUGCAACCCAGGGUAUGUUGCUCGAGGAUCCACAACCGCCGUGUGCAAGCAACUAUCACAGUGGACAGCCGCAUGGCUUUACCUCCCAAUCUGUGAGCACGUGUGUCAGGUACCACGUGGCCGCGCGGGAAACCAACAGCGAAUGAGAUUGGAGAUCAAGAGAUGCACGUCAUCUUCUUUCGAGCGCUUUUCUGUCGAAGAGUCUUGUUACGAUCCUCGAUCUUUCGUGAUCGAUAAAAACCAAUCGACGCCAAGCGAUACAAUCGUGUUCUACGGACAGGAAGUGUGCGUUGCCGUGGAAACGGUAAAGAAAUUAGUGAGUGCACAGGGGUUCAGUAAGGACAAAACGGAGGUAAAAUGCGAAAGCUUUUGCUUGAAUUACAUCUCGGAUUACAAACGUGUCCUAGUGCAACAACGUCUUGUAUACCAGCAACC